GCCACCGCUCAUUACUUAUCAGAUCCUUUGACCGCUUCAUUCACAUUUCGCUACCACCACUCGUCGAUCCUCGCAUACACUUCUGAUCAGUAUGGCAGCGCGGAAGCAGUUGACCUUUGUCACUGGCAACAAGAACAAGCUCAGAGAGGUACAACAGAUCCUCGAAAAGACUCCCUCCUUCCCCUUUGAGAUUGUGAAUCGCGACUUGGACGUGCCAGAAAUCCAAGGCACAACGCAGGAAGUGGCCAUUGCAAAGUGUCGCGCUGCCGCCAAGAUCCUUAAUGGACCCUGCCUCACAGAGGAUACCGCCCUCUCCUUCCACGCCCUCUCCGGUCUGCCCGGUCCCUACAUAAAAUCCUUCCUCUCCUCUCUAGGCCACUCCGGUCUCAAUACUCUCCUCGAUGGCUUCUCAGAUCGUUCCGCAACUGCCAUUUGUACAUUUGCCUAUUGCUCUUCUGCAGAAGCUGAACCCAUCUUGUUUGAAGGGAGGACAGAGGGGAAGAUUGUUCAGCCGAGGGGACCUAGUAACUUUGGAUGGGAUCCCAUUAUCGAGAUUGAUGGGACGGGAAAGACGUAUGCGGAAAUGGAGGCAGAGGAGAAGAACAAGCUCUCACAUCGUUACAAAGCCCUCGAGCUGCUCAGGGAAUAUCUCACAAAGCAGGGCUAGGGCUAGCUGGAAAUGAUCAUUCUCAAGGUGAACACACUCUCGCCCACCCCCUCGUGGAAUUUCGCUCCUUCAUCCCUCUUGUCUCACUUCGUGAAAGCAAUAUAGAAGACUACACACCAUCAAGCAAUUAUAGUAGUCGCAGUCGCCAUCGCAGUUGCCC